CUUGCGAAUCAUUUCAGAAAGAAAAGUGAAGAGCCGAAAAUUAUUGGUAUCUAUACAUCUUGAUUCGAUUUUAGGCAAUUUCCAACAGGUUUUUAAACAUUUGAUUUGCAGAAAUAAUAAGAACCAUUGUUUUACUUAAAAACAAAAAGUAACGACCACAACAAACAUUGGACUGCUCCUAUAAUUACAUAAAGUAGCACAAUAUGAGCGCUCGACUACGACGUCCUGGCACUGCCAACAGCCAAACACCAAAUGAGUGUGUCCAAGUUGUGGUGCGUUGUCGCCCAAUUAGCAACCGAGAGCAAUCGGAGGGGUCUGAGGAAGUGGUCUCCGUAUAUCCAAAUCGUGGUGUAGUAGAGAUUACAAAUUUGACGGAAGCCAACAAGGAGCAAACUAAAAUGUUCACCUAUGAUGCGGCUUAUGAUGCCAGCGCAUCGCAAAUCAACCUUUAUAACGAAGUAGUUUUUCCGUUAGUAAGCUCAGUUCUUGAAGGAUUCAAUGGCUGCAUAUUCGCUUACGGCCAAACUGGAACUGGAAAAACGUUUACCAUGGAAGGUGUAAGAGGUAACAAUGAACUUCAGGGUAUUAUUCCUCGAACAUUUGAGCAAAUUUGGCUUCAUAUAAAUCGAACGGAAAAUUUUCAAUUUCUUGUGGAUGUCAGCUAUUUAGAAAUAUAUAUGGAAGAGCUGCGCGACUUACUGAAACCAAAUUCCAAACAUUUGGAAGUGCGUGAGCGUGGUUCGGGAGUCUACGUGCCUAAUUUGCAUGCUAUUAAUUGUAAAAGUGUGGACGAUAUGCUUAAUGUUAUGCACAUUGGCAACAAGAAUCGUACUGUAGGCUUUACUAACAUGAAUGAACACAGUUCACGAUCGCACGCCAUCUUUAUGAUUCGCAUAGAAAUGUGUGACAUUGAAACCAACACUAUCAAAGUUGGAAAACUUAAUUUGAUAGAUUUAGCAGGUAGCGAGCGUCAAUCGAAAACAGGUGCUUCGGCUGAACGCCUGAAAGAGGCAAGCAAAAUAAAUCUUGCUCUUUCCUCACUUGGAAAUGUAAUCUCAGCAUUAGCAGAGAACUCGCCGCAUGUGCCCUACCGCGAUUCAAAACUUACGCGACUCCUACAGGAUUCUUUGGGUGGGAAUUCCAAAACUAUAAUGAUAGCCAAUAUUGGUCCGUCGUCUUACAAUUAUAACGAAACAUUGACAACUUUGCGUUACGCAUCCCGGGCUAAAACUAUUCAGAACAAACCAGUUAAAAAUGAAGAUCCUCAAGAUGCUAAACUUAAGGAAUAUCAGGAGGAAAUUGAAAGAUUGAAGCGACUUAUUGCACCGAAGCAACAGCAGCGCACGGAAAAGAUAGGGAAAAAACGUCAACGAAAACCAAAGAAAGAAAAGGCUAGCAACGAAGUGGUACAAAUGGAAGUCGAAGAAAGUGAAGAGGAGCCAGAGUCGGAUAAAGAGAAUGAGGCGGAAGCAGCAAAAUCCAAUGAGGAAUUAGAGCGAGAGCGCGUUGAGACUGCCAAACUCGCUACCAAGCUAGCGGAAUUAGAAUCGCAGUUAGUUCGUGGUGGUAAAAAUUUGUUGGACACAUAUAGCGAGCGUCAGUUGGAGCUUGAAAAAAAGCUGGUUGAGAUUGCAGAACGUAAGAAACGUGAAAUCGAAAUUCAGCAGCAACUAGAACUGCAAGAGGAAACUACACUGGAAAUAAAAGAGACAGUUACUUCUUUAGAGCAAGAAGUUGAACUGAAGAAAAGAAAAUUGUCCAAGUGUUAUGCUAAAUAUUUGGCUCUACAACAGGAGCUGAACGACUGUAAAUACGACCACAAUCAGGAUUUACGUGAGUUGGAAAUGGCGCAGAACGAACUUGUUAAAGAGUUGAAACGACAAUUACUAAUUAUUGAUAAUUUUGUACCAGUAGAAGUGAAACAACGCCUCUAUACACAAGCAAAGUAUGACGAAGAGCAAGAAGAGUGGAAAUUCUCAUCUGUUCCAUUGGUUGACUCCAAUUUCCUAAAUAAACGUCCCGUUUCUUAUCCACAACGCCGCCGUCCCAUAUCGGAAUAUGCUCUAAUGGAGGCUAAAACAAAUACCUCUUCUUCAUUGCGAUUUAAAAAUGAAAAUAUUGUAUCGUAUGAGUUAGAAAUGCCAUGCCGCACUACGCAGGAGUACCGUUCUCCUAAAGUGUCUGCGUCGCUGCAGGCUGUAUUAGCUCAAGCUAUGCAAACAGGUGAUGACAUCGACAUUGUAGAUUCACACACCAAUUCCAUACGCAGUCGCCUUGAAAAUAUUAUUAACGCUAGUGCUAAUGCAACGGCCUUAGCAUCAACUAACAAUAGUCCUACAACGCCAAAUGGUGUUGGAGUGGUUCCCGUGGCUGGCCCACGCAAUAUUAAGCCUAGUCGUAGCACAGUCUCUCCUGGUUCGGCCAUUGACUCGAAUAGGCGCCCGCCUACUGGCCGUACAGUGCCCAAAAAACCAGCCUCUGCUUAUCCAAAAGCCCGUGGUUUGGUAAAUAAGUAAAAAUAGUAUAAAAGAUAAAUAUAUAAAAAGCAUUUCUAAGGAAAGUAUUCAUAAUUAUCAGAGAUAAUUGUGGGGAAAUUACCGUUUGAGGAAUAUAGAAGCAUUAGGCAUUUUUGCUGUGUAUUUCUUGGUCAGAUCUUAUUGUUUUGGCAGCUGUUAAUUUUGUUAUAGCAAAUACUCCCUAUUAAUAUACAUACAUAUACGUAUUUAUAUACACAUUUUUUGUUUU